GUCAUUUUAAGAGUGUGAAGAUUCAAAAUUCCCUAAUUGCAGCUCAACCUCAGCAAUAUCCAGCGCACGAUAGCUUGAAAAACGAAAAAAGAGAAAUUGCAGAAUAAAAUAAAAUUAAAGAGAGUAAACACGAAUAGAAAAAAAACCAUCACUCAUCAAUCAUCAAAUAGUGUCCCAAAAUAUCAGAUCCCAUCAUCACACCCAUUCAAAAGCACCAGAUCUCCAGACCUAAGCCAUCCCAACCGAAGAGAGAAAUUAUCAUAACCAAGAAGCCGACAGAAAAAUUUUAGUAAAAAGAAAACAUGAGAAACCCUGCAACUGCAACUGCAACAACGACGACAACGACAAGGAACAGCAAAGGAAGCAAGACUCCGUGCUGCAGUAAGGUAGGGCUAAAGAGGGGGCCAUGGACGCCAGAUGAGGAUGAGUUAUUGGCCACUUACAUCAAGAAGGAAGGUGAAGGACGGUGGCGGACUCUUCCAAAGCGGGCGGGGCUUUUUCGUUGUGGAAAAAGCUGUCGUCUCCGCUGGAUGAACUACCUCCGACCCUCCGUGAAACGAGGCCAGAUCGCCCCUGACGAGGAGGAUCUCAUUCUUCGUCUUCAUCGCCUCCUCGGCAAUCGCUGGUCACUCAUAGCUGGAAGAAUCCCAGGGCGUACAGAUAACGAGAUAAAGAACUACUGGAACACUCACCUUAGUAAGAAGUUGAUCAGCCAAGGAAUAGAUCCAAGGACCCACAAGCCUUUAAACCCUCAACACUCACCAACCCAUCUCAAAGCUUCCUCUUCCUCCAUCCCAAACCCUGGAGCUACAAUCCCUAACCCUAAUAUUAGUAAUCCUGCUUCUUCCAGCUUGGAACAUGCUCGUAGAGGUCAAGUCAUGGCUGACAAAGAAAAUGAGUACUUCCAGAAUCACUAUCAAUCUGAUGACGUUGCAAUAGGCCAUGGAUUCACCAGUCUGCUUAAUUGCGAUGCUUCUGGAAUAGAAAUGAGAAACAACCAAAGCCAAGGGAUAAGCAAUGAGGAAGAUGAGGAUAUUAAUUACUGCACUGAUGAUAUCUUCUCUUCUUUUCUGAAUUCAUUGAUAAAUGAAGAUGCUUUCACCAACCAGAAUCAAUUGCAACAGCAGCAGAUCAAUGGAAUUUCCCAAGCCGAUACAUUGAUUGCAUCAACACUUAGCCUCAGCCAAGGCUGGGAAUCUCCCAUAAUUUCUUCAAAUUUCAACCAAGACCCCAAGAGGCUUAAUGAUCAUCUCAACUAGCUCUUCUCUAGAGUAAGCUUGCGCAGAUAAUUAGCUUCAAAUAUACUACUAUUCUAGGGCUUGGUUUGGUUAUUAUUUUAUGUAUGUUAUUGUCUAUUCUUGUUCCACUUGAUUUCCUCAAUUUCCUGUUAUUUUCAUUUUGUUGUGUUUGCAGAUAUAUAUAUAUGUAUCAUUGUAAACAAAGAUAUGAGUGGAACAAUGUAUUCAUAUAAAACUUAUUCUGUCAUUGUGUGUGUGGGAAUGUAUUUUCAUUUAUGUAAUUAAAAAAUUUAACCUUAUUUGAUAAAAAUCCUUUCAUUUGUUAAUCUCAGCUUCUUCCUUAAGCCUUCUUUUAUUUCUUAAGUUCUACUUCCAUCAAUUUUUUAUAGCCUUGCUGAUUCAUACAGAAGCGUGUACGUGAACUAGUACGUUCAACGAAUAUCUCGUGAACAGACACUUGCGAUCAUUUACCAAGGUCAAUGAAAAUUUUUAUACAAGAUUUUAGAGUUUGUUUAAGAAACUUUUCGAACUCAAACUUAUAUAUGCUUAGU